CGUCCGCAAAAUUGAUCCGCAAAAUAAACGUCCGCAAAAUUGAUCCGCAAAAUAAACGUCCGCAAAUUAAAGUCCCUAUAUUUCAUAUUUUCCCUUUUCAGCCGCCUUCCUCAAGUCAGCCGCCUCGCUAUUUGUCUUUUAUCGAUUUUUUGUGUCGGCCUUCCUCAGGAUCUUAUAUGGAUUCUUUGUGCCAAACUAAACCAAAGCCAAAUCGCCGCAACAAAAAAUUUUUAAAAAAAUCAUUUAAAGUUGAAAAUUUUGGCUCUACUGCAGUUUAUGAGUCCAAUCGAACCUUAUGAGUCUAAUAGUGUUCUUCGCUCCAAUGCUUGUUUAUUCAUUGUUAAAUACAUUGUUAAAAGCAAAAAUAAUAAAAUUGACGUUUUUCAAACGCAACCAGAAAUUCUGCAAACUCUUUGUAAUUUAUUUAAAUUUCAUCCUCAAUUGGUUAAUAAACAAUUUUCGGAGUGCAGCGAAUUUGUUCAGCUUUGUCUACAACUUCUAAUAAAAUGCCCAAACGGGUCAAACAAUAAAUUGGAAAGUCAAUGGAUUGAAUUAAUACUUCGCUGUGUUCGUUGUUCACAAGAAUUACGCUCGGUUUUGGGUGAAACCUCAAUAAAUAAAUUACUCGAAUUGGAAGAAAAUAAAGAAAAAUUGACGGAUAUUCAUUGCCGGUUCCUUUGUUCUUUUCUUGAGGACAGUUAUUUUCGUCGACAUAUGCGUAUUGAAGAAUGGGACCUAGGAAAUAGUGCAUUGAAUAAAAUUUUGGAACGAGUGGAGCCUUAUCAAGAGAUUCCUGGACAGACAAAAUUCAAAUUAAUUCCAAAUAUUAAAAUUCAAAUUACAAUUUUUGAGAGUCUUUGUUCUCUUCAACAUGACGAGUCGUUAGAAUUUGUUAUUCGUCACCCCAAUUUUAUCCCUUGCGUUCUCAAUCAUAUUCGAUGUUAUUUGGACUCUACAUCCUACAAAUGCCAAAUUGAAUAUAUUUCUCCAGAAGAAAAACCUUUAUUUCCUGCUAGAAUUGAUCCGCCAUAUAAUGAUAGACAAAAGGAUAGACAAUUCUGGCCACUUUGCAAAGACUUUUCUGCUGCCACUUCCUACUUGGUAAAAAAUCCAGCUUGGUCACCAGCCAUGUCACCUUCCUCCAGUUGCAAUUUAUCAAAUUUUUCUUCAAGUCCCAGUGCUUCUCCACCAAAUAAUGAUUCUUCCUCUCCUCCCCCAACAACUUUUUAUACUCCCUCAACUUCUUUUUUACUCGAUGAUUAUUUACAUUAUACGAGAGAUACUUUAUCGCCGCUAAGUGCAAAUCAAGCAGCGCCUGGAGAAGUUGAGCCUGAUGGUAACAACAAUUUUUUUAAUAAUUUUGCGGACAAAAUUUUGCGGAUUUUUAUUUUUUUGGCAUUAUUGUUGAUGGGAGGGGGGUAAACUUUUAUAAGGGUUAUUUUGCAGACUUUUUUCGGGGGGAUUUUUCUUGCGACUAUUUUGUAGGUUUUCUCUCCUGGAUUUAUGUUGCGCAUUUUUCUUGCGGAUUUUGCGCAUUUUUCUUGCGGAUUUUUUUCUCGUAUUUUGCGCAUUUUUCUUUCCGACUUCGCUUUUCGUUUGAAAUUAUUUACGGACUUUUUUAGAAUUUUUGUAUAUUUUUUAGGGAUUUAUUUUGCUGACUUUUUUUUUAAAAUUUUAUGUAUUUUUGCGGACUGUUCCAUUUUAUGCCAAUUUUAUAUUCUUCUUUUAUCCCUUGCAUUUUUUGCGGAUUUUUUGAGAUAUGGUCGACAGAAAAAUUUUUGUCCGCAAAAA